AUGAGAGCGAAAGCGAGGGCUGCAGAGGCGCUUCAAGCGAGGGCGGAGAAGCGCGGCAAGGGCAAGAAGGGCAAGAAGAAGAAGAAGAAGGGCGGCGGGAGCGGCGGCGCUGGGCCGUCGCAGGAGUCCGAGGCGCCGGCAGAGGAGGCAGCCGCAGCCAAGCCCGCGAAGCUGGACAGGGAGGGGUUGAUCAGGCUUCUCGAGACGCUCCACGAGGAGCGGAUUCGGUACGGCAUCACGGCGGAGACGUCGGUCGAAGGGCUGGCGGAGGCGUUGGGAGAGGAGGCCGAGGCGGCAGGCGAAGCGAGCGAGGAGGAGACGGCAGAGGCGGGUGAGGAGGCAGCCUUGGCCAAGGCGGAGGCGGCCUAG